GGGACACACAGCGUGCCGAGCUACGCAUAACAACCGCCGCUCAAGCUCGUUGACACUGUCGAGAGUUGACGGUCGCAACACGGUACGUCAAAGGACAGCGAAAUCACCGAUGAUUAUUCCAGAGAUCAGCGGUCACGCCUCAGGUUUUUGUUCCACUUGCCAAAGCUGGUUAUAGAAAUGUCGAUCUCGUCAGCUUGUGGUGGGUUUUGACAAUCACUUCAGUGAGAUUACUGAACGAUGGAAGAUGAAGGACUGUUUCGUGUGAAUGGAAAAGCUUACGCAGUAUAGACCUGUGCUGCAGGUGUGCGUGUGUAUGCACGAUGGUCUCUUCUUAUUCUCCCAUAUGGACUGCAGAAAUGCCAUGGUCUAUCUAGUAUGUUAGUACCGUGGUAGCGGGGCCAACAGUAUUUACUGCAUCGUCUUUAGACUGCAGAUCCCCACCAUCAUGUGGCAUGCCCCGAGUAAAUCUGCACCGUCCCAUCACAGGCAUCCGCCGUCCAAUGCGGCCUCGCAGAAAGGCAAAACACCAACAAGGUCAAAGGUGGAGGUGUGGGAGCCCCUUCGAGGUUGGCAGGAUGACCUUAGCGCAGAGCAAGAUAUUGAAACUAUCGAUAUUGACUUGUGGUCGAAGAAGAAUAACAAGAGGAAGAAAGACGCUGCCAAAGUUACUCCAGAUGGCAUGGAGGUCUAUCUCUGUUGGACCAGCAAUCACUGCCCAGAAAUCCCCGAUUUUGAAGAGUUCGUCAGCGAUAGUCUCUCAGCCAAUCUUAAACCCGUCGAAAGUGCGCCCCCUAAGGCUCCUAGCCCGCCUGUGAAACAGACUAAGGCAAAAUUGAAAGCCUCGGUACCAAGUAAAACUAAAAGUCCGGUAAAGAACGAAGGGGUCCAUUCAGGUGCGAAACACAAGGCGAGCGAACCUAAGAGUUCUGGAGAUGACAGCGGACGGUACGAUGCGAAAAGCGAAGCAAGCGGUAGUUCAAUGGUAGGACGUCCAAUUUCGACAGCGUACACGGCGUCCGAGUGUCCCGAGCGUUUGGACGGGGAAAGCCCACCUGGCUCUGGCAGCGAUGGCCAGUUGUCCGGGGGAGACGGUGCUCCAGCUCGCCCGGUCGGUGGCACGCGAAGCGCACCGGCAUCGCGAGUGCAAGACAGGACCGAGCAGAAAAGCAGGAAAAUAGCCUCGGCGAAGUUGAGGGGAGAUAGCACAAAGCGGUCCCCGCAUAUGCGCCGCGUAGCGAUACGAAACUCUGCCGCCAAGUCUUCACUCGAUACGAAGCGCCUCACGUUCGACAUGCCGCCUUCUCCUCCCAACUAUGCCAGGUUGUCUAAUCCAAGUUCUCCCCCGCAAGAUGAAGCAAACAAUACUAAUUCUCGACCAGAAGCUGACAAAUCAUCGGUUCUAAGGCUUGUCGAGGAAAGGCUGAAACGGACCAGCGUGUCCGGCAGACUCAACUUCGAUUUACCGAAUUCAGGUUCCAUGAGCGUGGGGGAUCUCUUGUCCAGCAGCCCGCGGAUCGUUCACCGUCUCGGCCCGGCGGGUGACACCGAGCGAGACCCGAACGUGUACAAGGCACUCACGGGCAACAUCACCGUCGGCGAUCACAAGGACACCAUAUCUCCGUGGUUCCAGGGCGACAGUGCAAUAGAAUCUCAUCGUGGACUCACGGGAACGAUCCCGAAUGGUGCCAGAACUAAAGAGACUUCCAGGUCCAUUCUGCCCUCAGUCUCAUCAGGUAACUCGGUGGUAUCAGCCGCUCCUACGUUAGAUAGUACAUCUACCGGGGAUAGCGUUAUGAUGAGGCAGGGCUCGCCUGUAGUGAGUGGCGACGGACAGAGCACAACAAGCGCUGCUGCUACGGAUGACGCAAAAAUACUAAAGCAUCAGCAACGAAUUCUAGACCUGAUUAAGAACAGUACCUCAUUGUGGACCUACGAUGGCCUCAAACCCCUACAGUGUGCAAUAUCGAGGUGCGAUCGCGAUGCGGCAGAGCUGCCUAUGGCCAAUAUCCCACAGGUAACGGAAAAGCGUAGCAAAGGACGGGUUGAUUCCGGUGAACAGCGACCAACUCGGACCAGCAAGCCACCGACCGCGAGAUCACGGCAGGUUGAGCGUGUCGCGUCCGUAGUCCUGGGCAGGAAGCUAGCGGCCAACUCCAACCCCUCCCCGCAUCGAGGUUCUCCUGGUUUUCGUCCAGCAGGCAAGACACCCCUACAGCGAGCAGUCGAGAGUGCCCAUAAGAAAAUGCACGGUCAACAUUACUACCUCUUCGCACACUCUUCCAAUUCACAAUCCACUGACGUUAAGAAUCUUCCGAGGUACUCGUCAAAGGGUCAACCUGUGCGAGGUCACCGGGAGAGGGCGUCCUCAGGGCGAAGCAACCAAUCAGAGCGAAGCAUCAACAACGCCUACGUUUGGAAGGAGCAUUUAGAAAGCCAGAUAAAGCAGCAGCGAACAACAACUGCGCCGUCCGGUUCGAACACUGGAGGGAUUAGCCACCAACAAACUAACCCUCGCACCAACCAAUCAUCGUCAGCCACGUCAGUACCUCUAACACUCAUGCCGUCACAAACGCGCAACAGAAAAAAGCUCAGCUACACUUUCAGUUGGGAGAACGGUCAAGUAAGACAUCCGACUUCGUCGCAAUGUUCAACAGGAAUGGCCACGCCAUGAUAAACAGGCCGAAAGCUAUCAUCAGUGUAAACACCAAAGCAUGUACUUUGAAGCCGUGAGCGACGCAGUGUCUCUUUCCCUCCGUUACCAGCAUUUGAUACCUCUGCUUGGCUGAAGUUAAACGGACCAAGUCCUCUACCCACAAAAGCAACUGAAAAGACAGAGAGGGGCCUGUACACAUAGCAUUUGCGUUCGUGUUGGAGUGCAGAUCCAUUUUCAGAAAUCGUUUUUAUUGGAACACUGUUGAUACCAUCAUGAUUUCCAGUGGUUUUCGGCUUUAUUGUGCAAAUUCGCAAAACGGGUACCACCCACGGUAAUCCAUGCUAGUAUGCCAAAUUUGCCCCUGCUGUGUUUUAGAGUUAAAUCAUGUGUGAUCGCUGUUUUUCAGUGUGUAACCCUCGUUUCUCACCUGACUAAACCAGGUUUCUCGGGUUUUCCCGAGGGUUUUUAACGUGAAUCGUCAUCCAUUGUAAAUGUACAUUCCCAGCACGUGAUGCAGUCCUUGGACUGUGCAAUCUCUCUCGGGACGUACCACCAGUCCGCCAUUAAUUGGCCCAUUGAUUCCAGCUACUUAAGUUCAGUUCAAGACAUUUUGAACAGGUGGCAAUAAUUAGUAAUGUAGGCCUACCCUAAACGAAACGGCCGAUACUGCAAUUACUUACAAAUGAAAAGGUCUUCGUUUGUCGUUACCGUCGGAGGUUCUAUCACGAAUUAGGCUUAAUUAUUGACACUAUUGUGUUAAACAUUUAAUAAUGUGUCCAGAACUUUGAAUCCUGCAACAACUUUCUUCUUGUGCUGAAUUAAAGUUUUUAACAAGUUUUGUGGAAACUUGUAAUCGUAUCAAA